AAAAUAUUUUUAGAGAUGAAGCCUAUCUGUCACUGACAAGCGCGUUAACCUAAAGACAGGGACUUUACAGAUACAAAAAAAGUUUCUCAUUAAUCUUAUCAGACCUUUAUGGUAUUUAAACAACACUUUGAGAUAUUGUUUUCAGAGUGGAGCUUGUAUCUGGAGGAUGUAUAAUUUUAAUAUGCGGUAAUAUUGAAUUAUUUGAAUCAUUUCUAAAAUAAAUUGUUCUUCGGUUGCCUACAUUCUUCUGUGAUAGUGAGAUAGAGAACUACAAUCCUGUCUAUCUAUACUAUAGACGUUUGUAGAGAUACAUAUAGUAUGGAUGUAGAUCUAGUACAGUUGGAGUCCAGUCUAUGGGUUGGUAAGAAACGUUACCGGGCAGCCCUUACCGAAUGGCACCUCAACUGGACUGAGCUCGAUAAGAAGAAGCGUGAUAAGACCGUUUCAGUACCAGUGUCGGAGAUUGUUGCUGUGGAGGAGGGGCAUGUGGAGGUUCUGCCCCAGAGGUCAGUUUCUGAAGACACAGACAGAGACUUCACAGUGUUCUAUGUGAAGCGUAGCAGCAACGGUAGUUCCUAUGGGUUGCUAUGGCGCCUGGGCAGGACCCAGUUCAGCUGUCCCAGCAGGGACCUCAGAGACCAGUGGAUGACCCAGCUGAGGAUUGCCCUCAAAACAUACAGCCCCUCUCGUCCUCACAGGUUGCUGGUGUUCAUCAACCCGUUCGGAGGAAAGAAGCAAGGGAGGGAGAUCUAUCACUCUCUAGUGGCCCCACUAUUUGAGCUGGCAGGGGUCAGCUCUCAUGUUGUAGUGACAGAGCGGGCCAACCAGGCGAGAGACCACAUACUGAAGAAAGACCUGACUGGUUUCGAUGGUGUGGUAUGUGUGGGCGGGGAUGGAAUGUUCAGUGAGCUGCUGCACGGUGUGAUUGGCCGAACACAGCAGGAGGCGGGGCUAUCGGAGCAUGACCCUUCCCUACAGUCAUGUGACCUUCACAUUGGCAUCAUUCCUGCAGGCUCCACAGACUGCGUGUGUUUUGCCACUGUGGGAGUCAAUGACCCAGUGACCUCUGCACUGCACAUUAUCAUUGGAGACUCUCAGCCUCUGGACGUGUGUUCUGUCCACCACCGCUCGUCUCUGGUGCGCUACUCUGUGUCUCUGGUAGGAUACGGGUUCUAUGGAGACGUGCUGGCUGAAAGUGAGAGACACCGCUGGAUGGGGCCUCUCCGAUAUGACUAUUCAGGUGCUAUGGUGUACCUGAGUAACAGGAGCUAUGCAGGUCUAGUUCAGUACCUACCAGCAGACCCCCAGCUCUCCAACCCCAGGGACAACACACGCUGCCUCUCUGGGUGCAGUGUGUGUUCUAAGAGCACAGAGAGACUGUUCCCCCACUCUCCAGAUGCUAGUUCCAACUACAUCUCCCACUUCAGUCAGUUCAGCAGCGACUCAGAGGAACUUCCUCUGCUCUCUCUGCCUCGUGCUGCAGGUGAUUGGGUGAGUGUGGAGGGCCGGUUCAAGGCUGUGUCCCUCACCUGUAUGUCCAGCUCCUGUCCUCGCAGUCCCCUGGGCCUGUCCCCCUCAGCACAUCUGGCCGAUGGGACAGGUGACCUCAUCAUUGUACGGGACACACACCCCCUAGGGUUCCUCACCUUCCUACACAGACACACCAGCACACAGGACCAGUUUGACCUGCCCUUCGUGGAUGUCCACCGCGUGAAGGCAGUACGCUUCUCUCUCCCACCCGGAGAAAAGGAGGCUGAAGAUGAAGAGAGGGAGAGUGGAGGGAUGGCGGAAGAGGGAGAGAGAACAAGCCGGAGCGGUUCCCAACAUCACCUGGUUGACAGAGGAGAGGAGCGAGGGAUGGAGAAUGACAGGAGGAAGAAAGACUUGUGUGGCCUGUGCUGCAGUAAGCCUCCUUCAGUGUCUGUGUGGAACUGUGACGGAGAAAUACUUCCUCACACUGAGAUCCUCUGCAGGGUUCAUGGUCAGCUGGUGCGUUUGUAUGCCCGGGGCAUGGAGGACGGAUCAGCCACGCCCACCAGGAAGUGAACUGUGUUAGGGUCCGUUCACACUACUGACUGAGGGAGGCCGUGGUAGGGUCCGUUCACACUACUGACUGAGGGAGGCCGUGGUAGGGUCCGUUCACACUACUGACUGAGGGAGGCCGUGGUAGG